CUGUUUUCCUAAGCAUCCACUCUCUCCAAAAAACAACAUAACAUCAACUCUAUAAUGGAUAGGAAUUAAGUGUUAUAUAAAAUGGCUUUUAUAAGCAACAUCACUCUCCAAACAACAACAACACAACAUAGAUAGGAAUUUAGUGAUUUAAAAUGGCUUUCAUAAGCACGAGCACUCUCCCAACACAACAAAAAAUUACCUCAAUAAAAAUCAAGGAAUUGUGUGUUCUCGAACUAUUUUCAUAAGCAACAACACUCUUCAAGUAAAAAGAAAACAACAACUCAAUCGAAAGGCCAAGACCAUGCAAAAAAACAACAACAAUUAUAUGUUGUACACUUAGUUAUUUGCUUCCUUACAUUACAAACAAGAAGUAGCAGCAACAAAAAAGCAAGUUGUAUUCUAAGGGAAAGAAUUAUAAGUACCUAAUGUUUGUCUAUUACUACUUUCGAACAUCUCUUGCCUCUUCUUCAUUUGAGCCUUCAAAUCGAUCAAAUCUCCAAUAUUUUUCAAAUCGUACCCGUAACUUUAGUGACAGUUUAUUGAAGAGCUUAAUUUUCUUCAAGUCAGAAUGUGUUUUCAACGUAUCUUUAGUCUUCCCUUUCAAGUUCAUGAUUGCUCUGAGCACAUUGUCACAAACGUUCUUCUCUAUGUGCAUCACAUCUAAGUUAUGACGCAAUAGAUGUGUUCUCCGAUAAGAAAGUUCAAAGGAUAUGCAUGAUCACUUUUUUUCAAGGUGAAUAACUAAAGCAAGUGCAUCUGUCGAUAAAUAGCAAUAUAAUGCCAAGCAAGGUCGUACCCGACAAAGACGCUGACUACUAGUAAUGAGUUAUAUUUCAUAUUAUCAAACCGGUUCUUUUUUAUGGAUUGUUUUAACUACUAAGAUUAUUAAAGAAUCAAACGACAACAACACAAUUUAGCUGAAAUAAAACGGAUAAAUGCCACAUUUGAUCACUAAGAUUACUAAAUCGUGUCAUGUUUAGUCACUAGAAAAAUUUAAUACAAUUUUGGUAACUCGAAUUACUGAAAUAGGUCACAUUUAGUCACAUUCCCGUUAGCAUCCGUCCAACUCCUGUCACUCGAAUUACUGAAACAUGUCACAUUUAGUCACUCUCACGUUAGUUUCCGUCCAAAUCCACUAAUGGACGGAAACUAACGAGAAAGUGACUAAAUGUGACAUGUUUCAGUAAUUCGAGUGACCUAUUUUAUUAAAAUGUUAUAUAUGUAUAAUAAAUAUGUCGAGAAUAUUAAUGAUUGUUUAAAAAUAAAACAUAUGCAUGUGUAUAAUCCGACAAAUUCAAUUUGCAUAGUAUACAAAUCAUACUCAUCAAUUUUCUAAUUCGACUUUUACCCCUACACAUUAAAAAUCUUUCACAGAUUUUACUCCACUCAAUUGAAUAAUACUCACACAAAUAUCCAUGAGUAUGAUUAUUUUUGUCAUUCUUACUUUUUUUUACUUUUCCGUUUUAUUUAAUAUUCUGUUUUAUUUAGUAAUUCCAUUAUUUUGGAAGCUACAACCAACAGUUACAGGAUCAUUGUUUUACUGAUAAAAUUAAACUAGAUCUAACGGUUCGCAUGCACUAUACCACAUUGGACGGUGGUGAACACAUAAGAGCAUUGGUGCUGUGGAGCAUAGUAGUAGGGCACCAACCCCAACCCGAACAGCUUAUCCUUAUCUCUCCUAUUCUUCUGUUUGUUUCUCGUAAAAUUCCCCAGAAAAUUUCUCUCGGUUCCUUCAUCGGCUUCCCGGAUCUGCUUCGGUAGCGCUUGCGAUCAUGGAGAUGGAGCGCGUGAUCGAGUUUCCCCACACUCAUCUCGAUCGGAGGCCCCGAAAGAGGGCGCGUCUAGGCUGGGACGUCCCUCUUAUCGCAAAAGCUCAGGUAGGGAUAUAUUGUGGGCAAGAGAUUGGUGAUGUAACAAGCUUUGCGCCUUCAGGAGCAAACCCAGAUUAUACCAUCAAUUAUAGUUCUCUGUUUGAUAAGGAUGUUGCUCGAAAUGGUUCUCCCCCAUGGAGGGAAGAUGACAAGGAUGGGCAUUACAUGUUUGCUAUUGGAGAUAAUCUAACUUCUCGCUAUAAGAUCCAUAGCAAAAUGGGCGAAGGUACUUUUGGCCAGGUCCUAGAAUGCUGGGACAGGGAAAGGAAAGAAAUGGUAGCUGUGAAAAUUGUUCGCGGCAUUAAGAAAUAUCGCGAGGCAGCUAUGAUAGAAAUUGAUGUGCUGCAGCAACUGGGUAAACAUGACAGGGGUGGCAACCGUUGUGUGCAAUUACGGAACUGGUUUGACUAUCGUAAUCAUAUCUGUAUUGUCUUUGAGAAGCUUGGACCAAGUUUAUACGAUUUCCUACGCAAAAACAAUUAUCGGUCCUUUCCCAUUGAUCUUGUCCGUGAGAUUGGCAGACAACUGUUGGAUUGUGUAGCAUUUAUGCAUGACUUGCGGCUUAUUCAUACUGAUUUGAAGCCUGAAAACAUUCUAUUAGUUUCAUCAGACUAUGGCAAAGUACCUGACUACAGGGGUUCAUCUCGUUCCCCAAGGGAAAGUUCCCACUUUAAAAGGGUCCCAAACUCGAGCGCAAUCAAGGUCAUUGAUUUUGGUAGCACAACAUAUGACCGUCCGGAUCAGACCUACAUUGUGUCAACUCGACAUUAUCGUGCCCCAGAAGUUAUCCUUGGUCUUGGUUGGAGCUAUCCAUGUGAUGUUUGGAGCAUUGGGUGUAUUCUAGUGGAGUUGUGCACUGGUGAAGCAUUGUUUCAGACUCAUGAGAAUUUGGAGCACCUUGCAAUGAUGGAGAGGGUGCUUGGUCCUCUACCCCUGCACAUGUUGAAAAGAGCAGAUCGACAUGCCGAUAAGUAUGUCAGAAGGGGAAAACUGGACUGGCCAGAAGGGGCUGCAUCUAGGGAGAGUGUUAGGGCAGUAAUGAAGCUACCUAGACUGCCGAAUUUGAUAAUGCAGCACGUCGAUCAUUCUGCAGGGGAUCUUAUCCACCUAUUGCAAGGUCUCCUUAGGUACGAUCCUUCGGAGAGGUUGACCGCUCGUGCAGCUUUAAGGCAUUCCUUUUUCACGAGGGAGCAUCCUCGGAGAUAAGAAGCUGCGAGCGCCCUGUCUGAAACGAGUUCAGGUUGUUUGUUGUUAGGGGCUAUACCCGUAUGAGUUACCCGACUAACCAGCGGGGGGCGCUGCUGCCUCUGUUAAACUCAUGUAAAUAUGUAACCCUGGUGUGCUUACACGAACCUCUAAUACCCAAUUCAUUUGUCCAAGCUGUGAAAAGAUAUUGAAGUCAUCUCCUGCCAUUGUGAUGUAUGAACCUGAUAAGUGCAAGCAACUUGCUGCUCUCUGUUUCUCCGUUGUCACAUGUUCUGCCCCUGGUGUAGCUAAUGUAGCACCUCCAUUGUUUGCCAUUUGGUGAGGGUGUUGAAAGAAACUUGACGUCUGUGUACCACAAUCAGUAACCGGCGACAAUGAAAGGCUCGCGAAUUCAACAUUUCUCUUCCUCGGCGGAUAGCCUACGUCUAUCAUAUGCAGUGAGAAACUGAGAGUGACGAACCCUUGCGAGUUGCGAGUUUUAUGGUCUUGUUUGACGAGUUAAAAACAAGAUCAUAAAACUCUUGUCAUCACGUUAAAGUUAAAGAAAUCGUUGACAAAACCCAGGACAAAUGAAGAAGAUUGCUUGGAAUCCAACUUCAAUCCUGUGAUUCCUGUCUCUACCAAAGAAAAAGGGAUUCCGGGA